AUGCUGAUACUGUUCAAAGUCGGCCGUUACCCUAAUUUCAGGUGUAUAAGCCAUGCUGGGUAUAAAACUUCUGGAAAAGUUGAAAGAAUCUCUAUUUACGUUGAUAUUCAGGUAAUAAUGUGUAUUGGCUUUGCCGUUGAUUUAUCGGCACACAUCGCCUACGCGUACUCUCAAGCUUACGGUACAUCCCAUGAACGAGCUGUAUUUGCAAUGGAAACCUUGGGAUGGCCGGUAUUCUUGGGUGCAUCCUCUACUAUCCUCGGUAUUAUGGUCUUGACACUCGUCGACUCUUAUAUUGUACAGAUCUUCUUCAAAACCGUCUUUCUAGUAGUAUCAUUUUCGAUGCUCCACGGACUCUUAUUCCUUCCUGUUCUUCUUAUGAUAAUAAUACCAGAAACAAGGGUGAGCACUUGUAUUAUAUUAUUCACCGCUUAG